AUGGCCUCCUCAUCGGUAUUUGCGAGCCUGAAGCCCAGGGCAAAGUCUUGGUCAACGGUUCGUUCUUGCGUCCGUAAGAAGCCACCUCGCAUGACAACCGCGCAAGUGGACGAGCUAGUGCGACUCAUGAAGGACGCAUACAAAUGGGAGAACGGCCCACGGCCAUUCCAGAUGGAAGGUAUUCGAGCGCAAAUUGAGGGCAUUGACACCAUGAUCCAAGCACCCACGGGCUCGGGAAAGACGGCAAUCGCAGCAGGCCCUCAUUUGUGGCCCGCCAACCAAGGCAAGGUCACGAUCAUGGUCAGUCCUCUGCUUGCACUCGAAGAGGAGAUGGUCGGGACGUUCAAGACCGAUUUUAACCUCACAGCUGUCGCGGUCAACAGUCAGUGUAACUUCGCCCAGAUGAGGCAGAACAUCAGAGGGAUCCUCCGCGGUGAAUACCGGAUUAUCCUCAUAUCGCCCGAGAUGUUGCAGUCACAAAUGUUCAAGACGCAAGUCCUGCGCAACCAGCGCUUCUCUUCACGCGUGCUCAGUGUCAUCUUGGAUGAGGCGCACUGCCUUUCACACUGGGGCUCAGACUUCCGUAAACACUACAACAGCCUCGGAACCAUUCGCGCGUUCCUUCGGCCUGGGACGCCUAUCAUUGCUCUAACAGCGACCCUCACGGCACGUGUCCGGCGAGACUUGCACACCAAGCUUCACUUCCCGAAGUUGGGAAGUAAAUUUGUGAAUGUCGGGAACGAUCGCCCAAACGUGUCGAUCAUUGUCCGUGCGUGCGAACAUCCGCAGAACACAUACGCUGACCUCGACUUCAUACUCCCUACAACGAUUACGACAGCACAAGACAUUCCGAAGACAUACCUUUAUGUUGAGAAGAUCGAAACGGGAAACGAGAUCAUUGACCAUCUGGAGACGGUCCUCAAACAACGCAACCCAGCACUAGCAAACGCGGGCUUCAUCCGCCCGUUUAACGCCACAAUGUCGCCAGAGUAUCGCCGCGCGGCAAUGAGUGCAUUCCGCAGUAGCGGCGCAGCCCCAGAUUCCGAGACGACCAACGUAGACGACACACGAUGGAGCGGGCCAAUCCGCAUCCUGGUUUGUACUGAUGCGGCGGGCAUGGGCUGUAAUGUAGCUGACGUCGAUCUUGUCGUUCAGUGGAAGCUGCCAGCGAAGCUUUCAAACUUUGUUCAACGCGCUGGCCGUGCCGCCCGAGGGCGAAACCGGACAGGCCUUGCGGUGCUCCUCGUCGAACGCUCUGCCUACAACAACGUCAUUCAGCAGCUAUCCACUGUGACAGCCGGUAGUACUACCGCACCGCCUACCCAGCAAAGCGGAAACAAACGGACGAAAGGACGAGGUCGGGCGAAGGCUGGUCACCCAAAGGGCAACAAGGAACAUGCCAUACGGCACGGGCUUGAGCGGGGCACUAGCCUGGGCGACACAGAUGGUCCGCUUGAAGAACGCGACCAGCCCCAUCUCGAUCUUGAAGCACAAGAUGAAGGCCUUUUAGCCUUCGUGCAGAGCACCCACUGCCGGCGUCGAGUUUGGAGGGAGAUAUAUGAUUCCCAGCCAGAACUUAGCGUGCCGUGUUGCGACAUCUGCGACCCAUCCCUCUUUGAUCGCGCACGACCUCCGCGGCUCCCACGCACUCGAAAGAGCCGUUCGCAGAAGGAAGGGCUCCCGGACACCAACGUCCAAGAUACGUUGGAGAAUUGGCGGGAAGAGGUACUCACGCGCGACCACAGCAAUGCGUUCUUUGCCGCCAGCGGACUCCUUGACGAUGAUAUGAUUACUCGCCUCGCAUCCGCUGGGCCUAUCCCCCGUGCACGCUUCAAAGCGAUGCUUGAUGGCUGGUUCUGGGGAGAUCUAUAUGAGAACGAGCUCUGCGAUGUUCUGUCCUCCCGCAGAGACCACAAGGAAGAGGACCCGCGCGAGCGAUCAGACUGGCACGUCACCGCGCAGCGAACAUGCUAUGGAUUCAGCCCCUGCUGCGAAACGACCACAUACAAACACCCUGGUACGUCUCAGACCGUUUGA